AUGGCAGAACCAAGAAGAAUCUCGUUUAAUGUCUCUGACGAAUACCAAAUUCUUGAAAUCGUUGGCGAGGGCGCCUAUGGAGUAGUCUGCUCAGCUAUCCAUUUACCAUCUAACCAAAAAGUGGCCAUCAAGAAGAUCUUGCCCUUUGAGAGACCCAUGUUCUGUCUAAGAACACUCAGAGAACUAAAGCUACUAAAACACUUCAACCAUGAAAACAUCAUAAGCAUAUUGGACCUACAAAGACCAAAGAGCUACAACGAAUUCAACGAAGUCUACCUUAUCCAGGAGUUAAUGGAAACUGAUUUGAAUCGAGUAAUUAAGACCCAAAAGCUAAGUGACGACCAUUGCCAGUACUUUAUCUACCAAACAUUAAGGGCCUUGAAGUCCCUACACAGUGCUAAUGUUCUUCAUAGAGACCUCAAGCCCUCCAACUUGCUCUUAAACGCCAACUGCGACUUGAAACUAUGUGAUUUUGGGCUAGCUAGAUCAAUUGCUUCUUCUGAGGACAACUAUGGAUUUAUGACUGAAUAUGUUGCCACAAGAUGGUAUCGAGCUCCAGAGAUUAUGUUGACAUUCCAAGAGUACACUACAGCUAUUGAUGUCUGGUCUGUUGGUUGUAUAUUAGCAGAGAUGAUUAGAAGCAAACCAUUGUUUCCUGGUAGAGAUUAUCAUAAUCAAUUGUUCUUAAUCAUUGAGAUCCUAGGUACCCCAUCAAGAGAAGACAUUGCCCAGAUUAAUUCAAGAAGAGCUAGAGAGUAUAUAAACUCUUUGCCAUUCAAAUCAAGAAUCCCAUUUCAACAACAGUUUCCCAAUACGAAUCCAUUGGCGAUUGAUUUGCUAGAGAGACUAUUGACUUUCAACCCCUUAAAGAGAAUCACAGUCGAUGAAGCACUAACUCAUCCCUAUGUUAAAUUAUACCACGAUCCAAUUGAUGAACCGAUUGCUAAUCCAAUUCCGGAGAACUUUUUUGACUUUGACAAGAAUAAAGAUAAGCUAACAUUGGCAGAUUUAAAACAGUUAUUAUAUAACGAAAUUAUGGAGCCUUUACCUUACAAUUAA